AUGGAGUUCAGUAGCCCUAAAGUGACUCCCAACGAGACCGACGGGGACCAAAACGAAGCAACGAGCCCGCCAGAGCAGGGGUCUGAGGUGACGUCGCCCCAAAGUACGGAGGUCAAAGAGUCAGAGGCCACGUCCUCUGGCUCCCAGAGAUCUGACAGGAAAGAGCAGAGGCGCUUUCACACCAACUGCGUGGAGGCUCCCCUUGCCCUCGCCUUCCAGAAGCUGGGCUGGAGAGUGGGCGCGCACCCCUGGCCUUUCCUGCUGACGCCCUUGGCAUUGACAGUUGUCCUGGGCUGUGGCUUCUUUUUCCUGCCCGAGGAGGAGGUGGAUGACCAGGAGGAACAUUACACCCCCGUCGCGAGUCCCGCCAAGCGUGAGCGGGCGUUCGUGGAAACCUACUUCGUCAACCCGGACAAUGAACACUUCUUCCCCUCCAGGCAGAGCGUGGAGUCGCACUUCCUCUCCGUGAUCGCGGUGACCGAGGUGGGACAGCUGAUGACGCCGGAGACGUUUGAGAAGCUGAUUCGUUUGGACCUAGACGUGCGCUCCGUGGAAGCCAAAGCAGAGAACGGGUCCGCCAUCACCUUCGAGAAGGUGUGCGCCUCCUACCGGAAGCAGUGCGUGGAGCGCAACCCGCUCCUGUCCCUCUGGGUGCAGCAGGGCCACACCAACCUGUCGGCUGUCUCCUACCCCGUCCACCGGCACGGCAACCACACCAUCCUGGUGCUGGCGGGCUACGUCGGAGGGCCCCGCCUCGUCGGGUACGAGCCGUCGGGAGAGGCGAGCCCGAAGAUCCAAGCCUUCCGGAUGCUGUACUUCCUAAAGACAGAGCAGGUGCAGGAAAGGGAGCUGAGCAAGUUGUGGCUGAUGGCGUUCCUGGAGAGAAUCAACAACAUUAAACUGGACCCAAACUUGGAGAACAUCCAGGUGGUCUACUUUACAUCCCUUUCCCGGCUAAAGGAAUUUGAGAAAACGACUAACACAGUGAUCCCUUUGUUUUACCUGGCAUAUACUCUGAUCAUAUUAUUUGCAGUCAUAUCGUGCUUCAGGAUCAGCUGUUUACGAAACAAAAUGUGUGUUGCCAUCUUUGGAGUGUUCUCUGUUGCCUUGGCAGUAAUAAGUGGCUUUGGCCUGCUGUUGUACCUUGGGGUGCCAUUUGUGCUCAUAGUUGCAAAUGCACCAUUUCUUAUUCUAGGUGUCGGUGUCGAUGACGUGUUUAUCAUGAUUUCUGCUUGGCAGGAGAGCGGUUACUCUGAGAAUAUAUCACAGCGAUUAUCUGACAUCUAUUUUAAGGUGGCAGUGUCCAUUACAAUCACCAGCCUCACCAAUGUCUUGGCCUUCUAUACAGGGGUGCUGACCUCUUUCAGGUCGGUACAGUACUUUUGCCUCUAUACAGGAACAACCCUAAUUUUUUGUUAUUUGUAUAACAUCACUUGUUUUGGGGCAGCUAUGGCUCUGGAUGGUAAAAGAGAAGUAAUUUGUGUACGCCAACUGCAAGGAAAAGAACUAAUUCCUGGCCAAAGAUGGUACUCAUUGAAAAAGUGCUGCUGUUUGCCACCAGACUCUGACCAGGGUAAAGAAGCUGACUUGCAUCUAGCAAGUUUGUUCUUUAGAAACUACUUUGGACCUUUUAUCACACACCCUGUGUCCAAAGUCUUUAUAGUGCUCAUAUAUGUUCUAUAUAUCUUGUGUAGUAUAUAUGGAUGUUUUCGAGUGAAAGAAGGCAUAGACCUUCGAAAUUUAGCAAGUGAUGAUUCCUAUAUCAAACCAUAUUUUGAUGUGGAAGAAGAAAAUUUUUCACACUAUGGCCCCAGAGUUAUGGUUGUUAUUACUAAGCCUCUAGACUACUGGAAUAAAGAUACCAGGGGAAAGUUGGACAAGUGUCUAAAAGAUUUUGAAGACAAUAGCUAUGUAGAUGGCAAUCUUACAGAGUUUUGGUUAAAAGCAUAUGUAGGCUAUUUAGAAAUGCAAAGCAAAGAUCCCAAUAAUGAAGAAGUCUUUUUUGAUGAGCUCUUCAUAUUUUUACGAAGCCAGGACAGAUUUCUGUUUGAUGUCUCUAUUAACCCCCGGCCAACCCUUGAAGUCUUAUCUUCCCGGGCCUUCAUUCAGACCAUAGGUGUUUCUUCGUCAACCAAUAAGAAGAAAAUGUUAAUCCAAUUACGAAGCAUAGCUGAACAGUGUGAAAUUCCUCUACUGGUGUAUAGCAAGGAAUUCAUAUAUUACGACCAGUAUGCUGUAGUCAUUGAAAACACUAUUCGAAAUGUCAUUGUGGCAUCAGUAAUUAUGUUUUUUGUUUCAUUAUUAUUAAUUCCUCACCCGCUGUGUUCCUUGUGGGUCACUUUCGCUAUUGCCUCUGUGAUUGUGGGGGUAACAGGUUUCAUGACAUUCUGGAAUGUCAAUCUUGAUACUAUCUCCAUGAUUAACCUUGUCGUUUGUAUAGGGUUUUCUUUUGAUUUUUCUGCACAUAUUUCUUAUGCAUUUGUUUGUAGUUCUAAGCCCUCAGCAAACCAAAAAUCAAUUGAGGCAUUGUAUAAGCUAGGCUACCCAGUGCUACAAAGUGCAGUUUCAACAAUAAUUGGGGUGUCUGUCUUGGCUGUAGCUAAAGCAUACAUCUUCAGGACAUUUUUUAAGAUUAUGUUUCUGGUAAUGGUAUUUGGGGCUUUUCAUGGCCUAAUUUUCAUUCCAGUAUUCCUAACAUUUUUUUGA